UUAAACAAAAACUAUAAACGAAGUACUAAACAAUUAUACAAAGCUAUUCCUAGGUAAUUUAAGCACAAUGAACCAAUUAGAAACUUAUUAUAACCAAUAUUUGUUGAAUCGAGUAUCAGCGACGCAAACCUUAGUUGAAUACAUUGAAAAUUGCCUCAUUACAGAAAAUGAAGUCUCCGAACAUUCAUAUCAUAAAAUUAUGAUCUAUCGUUGGACAGAGAGUGAAGUGAAAUUAUUUGAAGUAUUAAGUGAAUAUUUUGUUGUAACAUUUGUCCCAGUACAAUUUGAAACACAAAAUAUUGUAUCAACAUUUUACACCAGCAGCUUAUCAUUUGUUUUAAAGAUCAUAAAACUGGACUUCAUGUUCCCCCAUGCCAGGACUAUGUACAAUAUGGACAUACUUUUCGAUGAUAAAACCUCACACAAUCUUUUUAAACAGAGAAUUACUAUUGACAAUAUUGUUACCAGUGUUGUAAGCUCAAGAUUCAAUGAAAUGUUUGAAUUAAAUCUAUCAUGUUUCUGCAAUGAUCCAAAAUUUGUGGAAAUGAAAGUAUUUUUUUAUCACUUAACACUUUUAUCACACUUUAAAAUACUAAUGAUAAGGAUGGGGAGAGACACGAGGAUAUUAAAUUUAAGCAACAAUAACUUAAGCCAAGUGCCAUUAAAUAUAUUAAAUUUUUUCAUCAAAGGACAACUAAUAGGAAUCAAUCUGAGCAAUAAUAAUAUUCCAUCAUUAACUGAACUGCAAAGAAUAAGUAGUAAAAUAGAAAAGCUGUGGGUAGAGGGAAAUCCAUUGUGUGAAGGUCUGGACUCGAUCACAUAUAUUAAACAGAUUGUGCAAAAGUUUCCAAGAUUAACAGAACUUGAUGGUAUAAAAUUAAAUAACCAUGGCCUAAUGAUGCCAUUCUACAAAAACUACCUCACAGUACCAGAUAAGAGGACAAAGAUGUUAGUUGAGAAAUUUGUAUCACUUUACUUUUCACAUUACGAUUCGAGUCGACGGAAAAUCGACUUGUUCUAUGAUUCAAUGGCGCAAAUGAUGCUCUCUACGUCGUUUUUAGAAUCGGAAGAGAAUGCGGUGUACGCAGCGCAUUCUAGAAAUAUGUUAAAUCCAGAAAAAAGGCAAUCAAUUUUAAACAAUAAAAGGUGGUAUGCGAAACGCGCAGCUAUACUCUCCGUUUUAACGCAACUGCCUAAGUCGUCACAUGAUAUUACAAGUUUCAGCAUUGAUGUCUUGCAACAUGAUCAUAACUGUUUAAUAUUAAUUAUAGAUGGUGUUUUUAAAGAGGAAUCCACAAAAGUAUCGCCAGAGCGAAUUUUGCAAUUUAGAAGAACGUUUAUAUUUCACGUACAUUCUGUACAUACAAUGUCAUUUUAUAACAUUGUUCAUGAAAUGUUUAGUGUGUCGUUAGCUUCGCCGGAAAUAGUAAAAAACAGUUUUAAGCAUCCUGUGAGGAAUUUAAAUCAAUUGACACUCAUUAAUCCUGAACAAGAGGAAAAAGACGUUAUUUGUACAGCAUUUAUGUAUUACACGCAAUUAAAAAGAGUAGAAGCUGAAGCCCGUCUACUUUCUCAUGAUUGGGAUUUACGAGUAGCGCUAAAAGCAUUUGCAACAGACUGCAAAAAUGACAUAAUUCAUCCAGAUAAAUUUGAAAAUACACAACUGCUAGUAGAUGAAAUUGACUAAAUAAAGCUUUAUAUGAGGA